AUGGAUACUUCAGAGAUAAGAGAGAAAAUCGGUCGCUUCCGUAUCCUCGUUGUAGGAAGAGCGAAUGCAGGAAAAACUACCAUCCUGCAGAGAGUCUGCAACACACGGGACAACCCAGAGAUAUACAACGGCGCCGGGAAAAAGAUCGAUCUUGCAGUCAUAGCGGCAUCCAGAGAGCGCGGACUGCACGACAUCGAAAAUGAAAUGGUGUUUCGAAGCAACCCGGGCUUCAUUUUUCACGAUUCACGCGGGUUUGAGUCAGGCGGCGAAUCGGAAUUUAUCAAGGUAAAGACAUUUAUUGCUGACCGUUCCAAGGAAGGCAAAAUAACAAAUCGACUCCACGCUAUAUGGUAUUGCAUUCCAAUGGACGAAGCACACAGGUCGUUCACUGCAGGUGAACAGAAAUUCUUUUCUCAGUGUGACACAGGAAGCGAGUCACAAUCCUCAGUUCCAGUAAUCGUAGUAUUCACCAAGUUUGAUGCCCUGUACGAUGUCGCAUACUCACAACUGAGAAGGGAAGGAAAAUCUCUUAAAGACACUCGAGAACUGGCUCAGAAACGCGCCGAAGAAACAUUUCCUGAUGGACCACAAUUGAAGUUUCUCAAGGGCGUUCGAUGGCCUCCAAAAGGUCAUGUAUGCCUUCCUAAUAUGAACGAGGAUAACGCAGAUUGUGGGGCGCUGAUCGAACGCACGGCUGGAACUUUGAACGAUGAAAUGCUGGAGCAAUUAUUCGUCUCAACCCAGCAGACCAACUUGGAGAUCUGCAUGAGAUAUGCAAUUGAGAGGUAA